AUGAGCACAGAGGACUCUGCCAACGACUCCUCUCCCACCCUGCCUGUCCUUGGCCUUCUGGUUCCCACCACGGAGCUGGUCCCACCCAGUGCUGCAUCCCCUCAGGUGACAGACUGGCUGCCCAUCAUCGGCGGGGUCAUCUGCAUCUUCCUGGUCCUGGCCACCCUCCUCAUCUUUGUCACCCUCUGCAAGCCAGUGGCGCUGGUCUGGUCCCUCUCUGGUCCACAGGAGUGCCUGCCCCACCACCCCGUGGAUGCCAGCGAGCCCCAGCUGAGGCUCUGGAAGCGUCUGGGCUCCCUGAGGUGCUCCAUCAGCAGCUUCAGGAGGAGCCAGCUGAUGUCUCAGAGCCCCCUCCCCUGUCCCAGCCAGGACUGGCGCAUCAUGGAGUCCACCAAAAUGUGA